GCCUCCAGCGACACCUGUGCUCUCCUCAACAGUCCACUCAUGUACUGUGUAUGCGCACCUCAGCUCCCCAAGCAUGUCCUCCAGCUUUUGGAGUCUCUCUCUCCUCCCCUCUUCAACUCCGCUCUUUGUCUUUACACUCUAAUAUUUUAUUCCCUUUCCUCUUUUGUCUCCAAUCUAUGAUUGAUUAAAACCCCCAAUUCCUUGAAUCAAUCGGAGCUCCUGUUUCCCUCCAAUCCAAAUCCGCUUCAAUCUAGCUGCAGGUUUGGAGUCUAGUAUCUUGUGUUUUUCUAGAGCAGUUGGGAGUUUAGUGGAUUAUUGAAUCAGUUAGAGCUCCUAUUUCCUCCAGCCCAAAUCUCAAUCUUAUCAGCUUGGAUCAGUUCUAUUGUCGAUCCACUACAUAAAUUAUUGACUAGUUUCCUAUUUUACUACCACGAGAAAUAAUGGAGGGGCAUGGUAGAGGAAGUCGUGUUGCUAGCGUACUUCUGCAACGUUACAGGCUUGAGAGGAGACUGGGAAUUGGUUCGUUUAGUAAGGUCAAGAGUGCUGUACAUAUAUUGACAGGGCAUAGGGUUGCCAUCAAGAUUCUCAAUCGCCGCAAAAUGGAAAAGUUGGAAAUGGAAGAAAAAGUUUGUAGAGAGAUCAAAAUACUGAAACUUUUCAUGCAUCCUCAUAUUAUUCGGCUUUAUGAGGUUAUAGAAACACAUUCAGAUAUCUAUCUUGUAAUGGAGUAUAUCAAUUCCGGGGAAUUAUUUGACUAUAUCGUGGAGAAGGGUAGAUUAUCUGAUGAUGAGGCUCGGCGCUUCUUUCAACAGAUUAUAUCUGGAGUCGAGUAUUGCCACAGGAACCAGGUGGUUCAUCGGGAUCUAAAGCCGGAGAAUUUAUUGCUAGAUUCAAACUUUAACAUCAAAAUUGCAGACUUUGGUCUAAGUAAUGUCAUCAGGGACGGUCAUUUUCUUAAGACUAGUUGUGGAAGCCCAAACUAUGCUGCACCAGAGGUAAUAUCCGGUAAACUUUAUGCUGGUCCGGAGGUUGAUGUCUGGAGCUGUGGUGUUAUCCUCUAUGCUCUUCUUUGUGGCAAUCUUCCUUUUGAUGAUGCAAGCAUUCCUAAUUUAUUUAAGAAAAUAAAGAGUGGGAUGUAUACGCUUCCCAGUCAUUUGUCUCCGGGAGCAAGGGAUCUGAUUUCAAGAAUGCUCGUAGUUGAUCCUAUGAAGCGAGCGACCAUUCCUGAGAUACGUCAGCAUCCGUGGUUCCAGGUUCAGCUUCCUCGCUAUUUGGCCUUGCCUCUGCCGGACACAACGCAGGGAGUGAAAAAGAUUAAUGAGGAAAUUCUUCUAGAGGUGGUUAGACUUGGUUUUGAGCGGAACCAGUUGGUUGGAUCCCUUAUCAAUAGAAUCCAAGAUGAGGCAACUGUUUCUUAUUACUUGCUUCUGGGCUAUAGACUCCACACUUCUAAUGGGUAUGCCGGACUUGAGUUUCAGGAAGCUAUGGAUGUUAGUUUCUCUAAUACACAGCCGUUUGCUACUGCAACUUCAGCAUUUUCACAUUCUGUACCGAGAGCUGUUGAUGAUCAGGGUACUAGUUGCAGGCCAAAUUUCCCUAAUGGAAGUAAAUGGACUCUUGGCCUUCAGGCAAAUGCUCGUCCUUGUGAUAUAAUGAAAGAGGUCGUUGGGGCACUUCAUGUAUUGAGUGUGUGCUGGAAAAACAUUGGAAAUUACAACAUGAGAUGCAAAUGGAAACCUGGUUUACAGAGCAAUUCUGAAAGAUGUGCUAGUAACCCUCUGUAUUUUGAUCAUACAUUAAACAAUGACUUUGUCAUUGUCGAGAAAAAUGAUGUUCCUGCAGAUCAAUUUAAUACAGUCAAAUUUGAGAUUCAGCUUUAUAAGAACUUCGAUGAAAAGUAUCUCCUCGACGUUCAGAGGGUUGAAGGAUCACAGUUUCUCUUCCUCAGCUUAUGUUCUUCACUUCUUCAUCAGCUUAGAGUCCACUGAUGGGUUUUCCAUGAACUACAUAUAUGUAUUAAUUCAGAGGUUAUUGUUGUGAAAAGAGCCUCAAGUUUGCUGUAAAUAUGCGAUCUAUUAUAUAAUGACUGCUCUGAGAACUUAAAACAUAGAUAUGGAUUGGGAGAGAUGGAUUCAUAGCCGAAGACAUUUGUUUUCUCUCUCUCCCAAUUUUAAUUUAGCAAAGUUGCUUGUUUUUGCUGGUUUGCUUUGUAUGUAAUUGACCUUCUCAUAAGGGAUGAUAAUAGUCCGAUCUGAGGGUCACACAAAUUAAUUAAUCAUGUAAAUUCAAAAACUUUUGUUUAUUUA